AGUUUUGGUGCUGGAGGCCCGGCCACAGAAGGGCCGCUCUCCCGUCCCGCGGGCUCCGAAGUCGCCGCACCCGGGCGCGCCUAGGCCUCGUCACCCUCGCUCGUGACGCGCGCCCCAAAGGAAGCUUUUACAGCGUGUACCCUCAAAAAAAAAAAAAAAAUAGAGGCGCAGUGCUCCAGCAUGGGAUGAGGCAGCGUGGACAGGAGCAUCUCCCAAUCGCAGUGAAGUCUGAGCCGCGUGCCUGUAACAAUCCCACUGUGGCAGAGAACCGCAGAGUUCCUUCCGGUUUGGCAGCAGUCAUUCGCAACCUCACAGCCCUCUGGAACCUCAGACUGAGGGUCUCGGAACGCCGAGGUGGGGACUGGGAGCCGAGUCGGAUUCCGAGACUGUGGGCCAGAUUUGGCUGGAUUCAGUUACCUGGCUGAGGCCUAGUGAGCAAAAUAUCCCAAACCUCGCGUGAUUUGGAAGCGGAAGCCGGAUAAAUACGGAUCUCCAGAUGUGCCAGUCUAGAGUCUAUCGAUAUGAGGUCCCCUUAGAGUUUCUAUUCAUCAUUUUAACCGCAUUUCAUCGAUCUUGAGACACGGCUUUUGAUAUUUUAUCACCUCAAGAUAAAUAGUGUUAGAUGUCUAACAGCAGCAUUUUCCUAAGAGAUACAUGAAACAACAGUGAGUGUCAGAAACGAUGCUGUCUUCCAUGCAAUGAAAUUGUUGUAAUAGGUGCUCAAUAAAUGUUGACAAUAAAUGAGUGAAU